AUGUCGUCGCCGAUAGCCCUCAUCCUCGGCGCAGGAGCCAGAGUCGGCCAAGCCGUAGGCCACAAAUUCGCCGCAAACGGUUACGAAGUGGCUCUUGCAAGUCGUUCAUCAAACACGGGCCAAGGACAGGACGGGUUGCAUUACUUUAAAGUUGACUUUUCGGAUCCUGCGAAUGUCAAGACCCUGUUUGAGUCGGUUGUUGCGUCGUUGGGUGUGCCGAGUGUCGUGGUUUAUAAUGCGUAUUCAAUGAUCCCAGCCAAGGAACCCUUCUCAAUAACCCCCGAAAACUUCCAGCAAAGCCUGAACGUAAACAUGACCAGCGUCUUUGCCGCUGCCCACGAGGCAGUGAACGGUUUCGAGAAGAUUCCAACUUCCGUCCCUAAAUCUUUCAUUUUCACUGGAAAUGCAUUGGAUGAGAUUAUCAUUCCUGGAUUAUCGGGCCUGGGUGCUGGGAAGUCUGCAACUGCGCAUUUGAUCAAGGCCGCUGCUGCUGCGUAUUUGGAGAAGGGGUAUACUUUCUACUACGUGGAUGAACGUCUGAGUGGAGGUGGACCUGUUGGAAAUAGUAUUGAUGGACCUGCACAUGCCGACUUAUUCUAUGAGUUGGCCGGUGACAAGAAUCAGAGGAAUUGGAAGCAGAUGUUCGUCAAGGGCAAAGGAUUUGUUCGGUUCUAA